AUGGACGCUAUGAGGAGAUUAUGCGCUGGAUCUGGUGCUCCAGGCGUGACCUUCUCGUCAGUCCUUUCGGAACUAAGGGCUUGCAUCUUUGUUGUUGAAGCAGAAGCCGUUGCUACUGCUGUGUCUGUCCUUCCCCCCUCCUCCAACCACCCCACUCCCCCCUCUGCAUACCACAACAACCCCCCUGAAGCUGUUGCUGCUGCUGCUGCUGCUGCUGCUGCUGCUGCUGUAAUCUCAGUACCAACACCCCUCCCCCGGCAUCCCCCACUUCCCAACCAGGUAGAGGAGGGUGCUGCUGCUGUGUGUGCCCUCCGCCCCUCCUCCAACUACCCCACUCUCUCCCUCUGUUCCACCCCCCCAUUACCCAACCAGGGCGCUCCAGGAGUGACCUUCCCGUCCGUGCUUUCAGAAAUGAGGGCUCGCAUUGAUGCUGCUGAAGCAGAGGGGGAGGUCCCAAGGCACUUCAUCCUCUCUCCUGCUGUCGGCCCGGAGGCCAUAACAGGGUCCACGAGGCUCAAGGGCGGCACUGCCACCAAGGUCCUUCUGGAGACCAUCUUCAGCCGAGCCAUCGCCAGGGUGCUGCGCCUGCCUGCUCUGGGAAGCUAUGCGGGAGUGCCCCUCCUACUCAUCAACCCUCCCCCCGAGCUCACUCCCGAUGACAAAACAUCGGUUCGGCGGGCGGCACGGGUAGGCUGGGGCCGAACCGAGGCUGCACCAGCGGCUCGGUACGGCGAUGUCAUGGCGGCCUACGAGGGGGCGAUGAGGGGAGUUUACCAGCAAUUACCCGGAAUUGUGGCCCUCACAAGUCUCUUCCAUCGCUCCAUCAGCUCUGGCGGUCGGGUCAUGUACAUUGGGGACGAUUCUCUCGGCCUGGUGGGGCUUAUCGACGCCUCAGAACAAGUUCCCACCUUUGGGGCACGCCCAGGCUCCUUCCAAUGCUUCCUCACUUCCACGUGGCACCGCCUGAUUUGUCCGCUGAACCAGCACACAGUCGAUCCCCUGGGCUCAUCUGCUCCUGGUAGCAGUAGCAACAGCAGCAGCAAAAGCAGGAGCAACAGCAGCAGCAAAAGCAGGAGCAACGUCAGGAGAAGCAGCAGCAGGAGAAGCAAGGCAAGGGCUAGGGAAAGCCAACACCAGAAAAUCAGCAGCAGCAGCAGCAGCAGCAGCAGCAGGACGCGAGUAGCAGAUGUAUCAGCAGGGAAGAGGAGCAGCAGCGAAGCGAGCACUAGCAGGGGCAGCAGCACAAGCUCUUGGUUCUUUCCCUUCAGGGCUGCUGCUGCUGCUGCUGCUACUGCUACUGCAACCCACUCACGCUCUCGCCAAUCCACGCCAGAGGCUCUGAGGGCAAUCAGCACAGACCACUUUCUGCACGACGUCCCCCCCACCACCCG